AUGGCAAAACGUAGAAAAGUUCUAAUUCUAUUACCUAUAAACCUGAAAGUUUUACCAAAGAAUAUAAUUCAGUCUCCCAAAAGAGUGGACAAAAAAAUCUUGGCAUCAAUUCUAGCUCGCGUUACUGCCUUGGAAAAUGAAAACAAGGCAUUAAAAGCUAAGGCAAAAAAGAAAGUAUUAGUUUCGAGAAGUGAAAUAGUGACUUCAAAAAUGUCGAAGUCUAAUUAUAAUAAAGGAAAAGGAAAAAGACGUCAAGACUUUAGCUUAGAACGGUCAAGUUCUAAACAAGAGUCAAAUGAUGCGAGGGAUUAUGAGUCUAAUACCAUUAAUAAAGAUCAUGAUAAUUCAUCUGUUACUCUACCGAUCCCGAAACCAUCUGGAAAAUCAAGCAAAUUUGUGAAUUUGCAUUUGAAAUUAAAUUUGGAGAAGAAUAUAUAUGAGAGUUAUAGGACUGCCUUUUAUGAACUCAUCGAAUGCCAUACUCCCAUUGGAAUUCAAUAUAAAAACCUUGAUAAAAAUAUUAGAGCUGGAAUUAUCCGCAAGUUCAAGAAAGCUAAUCCUCACUUUCCUGAAUGUAUUGGUGAUUGGGCCUUA